GUGGGCAGCCACUCUGGUGCACUCUGGUGGUUCUUGCAACAGCGUCACUGUUGCUUGAUCUUCAACAGUCCAACUGUGGCAUUGUGGCUCAUGCAAGAUUCGGCGGAAAACACUGCAAACUAGUCUAAUCCCAGCGGACAUAUUUAAAUGGACACAGCCAGAUUUUCUUCUCAAGAACUUUUUUUCACUUUAUGUUCAUGUUUCCUGGAUUUAUGAAAGUGCUGCAACUCCGUGAAUUAAUAUUGUUUCAGCUUUGUGGACAGUUUGGAUACAUCUUUUUGGAGAACAUGCUGUCGUUGCCCACACCAGAAUAACUUCCACAAACAAGCACGUCUCUGGAAACAUGGAAAGCCACCACUGCGUUUUGAACACAAACAAGACUCCCCAGGUGUAAAAUGUAAGCAGUAACUGCACAGUAAAGAGUAGUUUUAAUUUAUUGAGUAGAUUUAUGAUGCUUGUAAGAAGUGCAGACUUUUCAGUUUUGUUAACGUUGACGUGAAAAGAAAAACUUUCAGCUUACUGUGAAUAAUGGAUGGCAACCUGAGCACCACAGCAUCCUCUGUGAUCAACAGGACUGAGCCCUAUCAUGCAGCAGUGGGACCCUGGAUCCUCAUUAUACUGGUCAACAUCAUACUGAUCAUAGUGUUGGGAAACCUGCUGGUCAUCAUCGCUAUAGCUCGAACGUCACAGCUGCAGAUGACCACAAACAUUUUCAUUAUGUCCCUGGCGUGCGCAGACCUCAUCAUGGGGGUCUUCGUGGUGCCUCUGGGGGCCACUAUUGUGGUGACUGGUAACUGGCAGCUCAGUGAAAUGUUCUGUGAGUUCUGGACUUCUGUGGAUGUCCUGUGUGUGACAGCGAGCAUUGAGACGCUCUGCGUCAUAGCAGUGGAUCGGUAUAUAGCCAUUACCAGGCCCCUCAGAUACAAGGUGGUACUCAAUAAGUGGCGUGCCAGGGUAAUAGUUUGUUUAGUAUGGGUUGUGUCCGCUUUAAUUUCCUUUGUACCAAUCAUGAAAGGGUAUUGGCGUGAUAAUGAAGAUAAAGCUGCGAAGCUUUGUUACGAGACCCGUACAUGCUGUGAUUUUGUGACCAACAGGGCCUUCGCUAUUAUAUCUUCUAUAGUUUCUUUUUACAUUCCACUGCUCAUAAUGAUAUUUGUGUAUGUAAAAGUCUUUCUAAUAGCCAAAAGGCAGGUUCAGCUCAUAGAUAAGAAUCGCCUGCGAUUCCAGAACGAGUUUCCAACAACGCAGAUGCAAGUUGGAGUCCACAUCAACAAUAUCCUGCCGACGGCGUGUGCAGGCUCCAGCGGCGUGACACGGAGAAAGAGCGCCAAGCGGAGGCCUUCCCGGCUGAUGCUCGUCAAAGAGCACAAGGCCCUCAAGACUUUGGGGUUCAUCAUGGGGACCUUCACUGUGUGCUGGCUGCCAUUCUUUGUGGCCAACAUCAUCAGUGCAUUUGAAAGAGACAUUCUUCCAGAGUGGGUCUUCCGACUGUUAAACUGGCUGGGUUACAUUAACUCCGGUCUCAAUCCUAUCAUCUACUGCAGGAGUCCAGAGUUUCGCACUGCGUUCAAGAGCCUGCUUGGCUGUCCAUGGAUUUCCACCCUGCGGCUUAAUGCUUUCUAUAAAGAGUUGCGGACUCGCUGCUCCUGCUUUCUAUGGCAGGCUGAGUCGGGCACUGCCGGCUCUUUCCAAAAGUCUUCAACCAGAGGGAAAGAGCGUAACGAGAGUGUGGGCAGCACUCAGGGAAGCAGCAAAAGUGAGGAGGCUUCCUUUGGUCCUCUGCAGUCCAACGGAAACACGCAGUUCAGUGGCAUAUCAGAACCAGAAACCAAAUUCUUCACAGUGGAGGAAAACGAUGGUUGAACUGUAAAAUGUCAAGCUACUGAAGCAAACUAAGCUCCCCAGCCACUACUGUGACUCCAGCAAAGGCUGAGACCAAACAGCAGUGACAAGGAGCUGAAGAAGAGUACAAACACCGGCCCUGAUACACUUAACCGAAUGAAGAUAAUACCAAAGAGUGGACUGGAUUGACUGUAGAGCAGCAGCUGAUUUGGUCUGGACAGGAACACUGUGACCGUCUCUGUGGACAGAAGUGCAAGUUGCAUUCCACUUAACUUUCAGAUGCAGUGCAUGUGGCUUCCAGGAUGACAGCAUGAACUAAUGUUGUACAGUAUAUUAUCUGGUUAAGUUAUCUAGUGUAUUUAUGAUACACUCAAUCUGUAGCAAAGUACAAGAGAUGUCUAACUUAAUACAAGGUUGUGAUUCUGGCAAAGCUGUCUUCACUGUCAUGGCACAAAAUCAAACUCUUCAGUGUAACCUGAGCUUCACCAAAGAGCUGUGCAUUCAAAUAUUCAACUCUGGUGUCUGUUUUCCAUCUUAAUUUCUCUCUCUCUCUCUACCCACGACAUCUGUAGUUACCGGUGGUGAUAAACGCGGUUUAAGACUGAAGCUCACCGAGUUGUAAAGGGAAGAUAAACAAACUAUUGUCAUUUUAAGAAGGCAGCCAGGCAAUAUUGGCCUUAUUCCAUCAUUCUGUGAGCAACCAUGAUCUGAUUCUACACUGCACACAGCAUGAGCCUGCAGACAGCAGGGCAGUGAAAGGAGCUGGUUACCUCAAUAAUUUGGAGGUGUACAGCCGGUCGCCUGCAGCUCUUCAUCUAACAGCUCACUGUGGCUGCUCCUGACUUUUCCAUCGCUCCCUGCAAUAUUUCAAUCAGAUGCGCUGUCAACAAAUGCCAAAAAUGAUUGCUGUCUUGUUUUGUAGACACAUUUUUGAUAAACAAUAGCAGUAAGUGUACGGAGCUAGAACAGCAACAGUAAGUUUUGACACUGAAUAUGGCAAAUAAAUAUAAAUAUGGCAUUAAAAAGGAAACAUUAGCACUAAAAAAAAGUUUUACUGAGAAAUAAAACACAGGCAUUUCUCUUCUCAGUCAUUUCUUGACUGCGGGUCAAGAAGAGCUAUUCUCUCUUUUUAGUACGUGGGUUAUAUGUAAGUUAUGCUCCCCUUGCCCCCUACCCUCAAACUCCUCCCCUCCGAACCAAAACUAGUGACAGAGAAUUUGAACUAAAGAUUAAAAAAAAAUACAUAAAUAAAAAAAAUACUGGCAACGUGAAAAAGACAUGGAAUAUUGUCACUGAAAAACAACAACAAAAUAAAUAAAAAAAAUGUAAUGCCUGUUUUAUUUUUCAGUUAGACUAUUUUUUUACUGCCAAUAUUUCCUUUUGCAACACCAAAUUUCAUUUUCAAUGCCAAAACCUAGUCCUACUGAGACUAUUCCAGCCCCAUGUAAGUGCUGAUGUCACUGAAACACAAUACAUUUCCUGUGAUUACUUCCUAAUAAAAGUCAACACCAAGCCCAUAAUACUGAAAAUAUCACCACUGUGUCACAUCAUUCUGCAAUCGGGAUUUAACAGACAUUUAUUUCAACAAAAACCUUUGAGAUUUGUUUUCUAAGUUAAACCAUGGCUUUGGAAAAUAUUCUUUCAUUUCUGAUUGGCUAGCUACAAAAAUCUUAUAUCAGGAUGACUCAGACAUAUUUCUGUCCACAGUUAACCAUGAAUCACUGUGUGAGGUACAUUAUUACAAACUGCAGGUGACCAUAACGCACUUCUGCUACAUGCUAUGUUAACAGUACACUCCCUCCCUUUGGUAAGUGGCCUAGUAUGAGCUCAGUAACACUCAGAAAUGUCCAAGUACAGAAAAAUAAUGGACUCCAUGGAGGAAACAUCUCCUCCACCUCAUCCAUUACUUUGUUAUACUGAGACACCCUGUUGUGCGUUAUUACUCACAUGACAUCAUCUGUUGCAUUGAGAAAUAAAAUAUUAUGAAACUGUGUAA